AUUCCAGAUAGCACUAACCCAAGACAAAUAUUUAACAAACGACUGCAUGAGGAACGCUAGCUACAUAGUAAUAUGAAAUGUUAUCCAAUACUUACGUUUGAUUACCUAUAAAGCAUAAAAUAUAUUAACAUCUUUUUGUUCUGCACAUUUUGAAGAGGUAGGUUGGCUGGGUCAAUAUAUUUCUGGAGUGUCUUUCUUAGCUUACUAGUAGCUAACGUUAGCCACAGACUACAAUAGUAACUUAGCUCUAUCAGAGAGUAAGAGGCGAAGCCUUUAAUAUCCUAAAUCUAUGGCUCUAUAGCUAACUUUAGUACAUAAAUGACCACAAACAACUGCAUUAUGAUGAGUCAUUUCUGCAUAUGCUGAGACCGAAGUCAGUUAAGCAUGUCCUAUAGGUUGCAACCUAGCUAUGAACUGAAUGAAAUGUCGUUAUACUUCAACAGGUGAUCACUUACAGGCGACUGUUUGACUAAGAACCGGGGCAUACAGUCGACCAUGACGUCACUGGUAAGUCUUGGGUGUAUGGUUUGCUUGUGGGGUCAACAUGAUAAGGUGAAUGCACCUAUUUGUAAGUCGCUCUGGAUAAGAGCGUCUGCUAAAUGACGUAAAUGUAAUGAUGGUAUCAGUCUAUCGCUCAACACAUUUGCUUCAUAUGUUGCUUGCGUAUCUCAUUGCCAGGCUUGCUGGGCAUUAAUUUUGAGUUUUGCUGCUAUAACAGCUUCCACUGUUCUGGGAAGGCUUUCCACUAGUUGUUGGAACAUUGCUGCCGGGAUUUGCUUCCAUUCAGCCGCAAGAACAUUAGUGAGGUCGGGCACUGAUGUUGGGCGAUUAGGCCUGGCUCGCAGUCUGUGUUCCAAUUCAUCCCAAAGGUGUUCGAUGGGGUUGAGGUCAGGGCUUUAUGCAGGCCAGUCAAAUUCUUCCACACCGAUCUCGACAAACAAUUUCUGUAUGGACAGUGCUUUGUGCACAGGGCAUUGUCAUGCUGAAACAGGAAAGGGCCUUCCCCAAACUGUUGCCACAAACUUGGAAGCACAGAAUCGUCCAGAAUGUCAAUGUCUGCUGUAAAAAUGAAAAAAUGCUGUAGCGUUAAGAUUUCCCUUACCGGAACUAAGGGGCCUAGCCCGAAUCAUGGAAAACAGCCCCUGACCAUUAUUCCUCCUCCACCAAACUUUACAGUUGGCACUAUGCAUUGGAGCAGGUAGUAUUCUCCUGGCAUCCUCCAAAGCCAGAUUUGUCUGUUGGACUGCCAGAUGGUGAAGCGUGAUUCAUCAGUCCAGAGAACGCAUUUCCACUGCUCCAGAGUCCAAUGGCGGCAAGCUUUAGACCACUCCAGCCGAUGCUUGGCUGCUCGGCCAUGGAAACCUGUUUUCAUGAAGCUCCUGACGAACAGUUAUUGUACUGACAUUGCUUCUAGAGGCAGUUUGGAACUCGGUAGUGAGUGUUGCAACCGAGGACAGAUGAUUUUUACGCGCUUCAGCAGUCAGCGGUCCCGUUCUGUGAGCUUGUGUGGCCUACCACUUCGCGGCUGAGCCGUUGUUGCUCCUAGACGUUUCCACUUCACAUUAACAGCAGUUACAGUUGACCGGGGCAGCUCUUCCAGGGCAGAAAUUUGACGAACUGACUAGUUGGAAAGGUGGCAUCCUAUGACGGUGCCACAUUGAAAGUCACUGAGCUCUUCAGUAAGGGCAUUCUACUGCCAAUGUUUGUCUAUUGAGAUUGCAUGGCUGUGUGCUCGAUUUUAUACACCUGUCAGCAACGGGUGUGGCUGACAUAGCCGAAUCCACUAAUUUGAAUGGGUAUCCACAUACUUUUGUAUAUAUAGUGUAGUUAACUGUGUGUGUGUGUGUGUAUUUAUUUAUUUUCUUUACAGGGGGGCAGCAGUUCCUCUUCUACAGAGUACAUAGUCCGGGUCCCCAAGUAAGUACUAUCCAAGGCCUACAGCCAUUGGGUUGUCAUUCAACAUUUGACCACAGCAGGGCCAAUGUGUACAACAUUCCUGACACUCUAACCGUUAAUCAUCGCAUGCAAAAUGGUUUUGGAAACCUCAUAAACUCUACUUUCAUAUCGCUCCAAAAUAAUGUUUCUAAUACAAAAGACAAACUUACUGUGUGUAAUUUUAACACGGAUUCCCACAGAGGUGUUUUGCGUUGCACAUUUACCUGAACUACCUGAACUAUGACACUUCCUGAGCUAAUGGAAACACGGGGGCGAACACAUAAAAAAAAACGUUGUCUCGAACCAGCGUUACACAAAAACCUCAAUUUAAAUCUGUGGUAAAACAGCUAACUUUCCGUAAGUGUAUGUUUUGUAUUUAUAAAGUGUUCCAAGCAGGACAUACAGUGAGGGGAAAAAAGUAUUUGAUCCCCUGCUGAUUUUGUAUGUUUGCCCACUGACAAAGAAAUGAUCAGUCUAUAAGUUUAAUGGUAGAUUUAUUUGAACAGUGAGAGACAGAAUAACAACAAAAAAAUCCAGAAAAACGCAUGUAAAAUUUUUUAUAAAUUGAUUUACAAUUUAAUGAGGGAAAUAAGUAUUUGACCCCCUCUCAAUCAGAAAGAUUUCUGCCUCCCAGGUGUCUUUUAUACAGGUAACGAGCUGAGAUUAGGAGCACACUCUUAAAGGGAGUGCUCCUAAUCUCAGCUUGUUACAUGUAUAAAAGACACCUGUCCACAGAAGCAAUCAAUCAAUCAGAUUCCAAACUCUCCACCAUGGCCAAGACCAAAGAGCUCUCCAAGGAUGUCAGGGACAAGAUUGUAGACCUACACAAGGCUGGAAUGGGCUACAAGACCAUCGCCAAUCAGCUUGGUGAGAAGGUGACAACAGUUGGUGCGAUUAUUCGCAAAUGGAAGAAACACAAAAGAACUGUCAAUCUCCCUCGGCCUGGGGCUCCAUGCAAUAUCUCACCUCGUGGAGUUGCAAUGAUCAUGAGAACGGUGAGGAAUCAGCCCAGAACUACACGGGAGGAUCUUGUCAAUGAUCUCAAGGCAGCUGGGACCAUAGUCACCAAGAAAACAAUUGGUAACACACUACGCCGUGAAGGACUGAAAUCCUGCAGCGCCUGCAAGGUCCCCCUGCUCAAGAAAACACAUAUACAGGCCCGUCUGAAGUUUGCCAAUGAACAUCUGAAUGAUUCAGAGGAGAACUGGGUGAAAGUGUUGUGGUCAGAUGAGACCAAAAUGGAGCUCUUUGGCAUCAACUCAACUCGGCGUGUUUGGAGGAGGAGGAAUGCUGCCUAUGACCCCAAGAACACCAUCCCCACCGUCAAACAUGGAGGUGGAAACAUUAUGCUUUGGGGGUGUUUUUCUGCUAAGGGGACAGGACAACUUCACCGCAUCAAAGGGACGAUGGACGGGGCCAUGUACCGUCAAAUCUUGGGUGAGAACCUCCUUCCCUCAGCCAGGGCAUUGAAAAUGGGUCGUGGAUGGGUAUUCCAGCAUGACAAUGACCCAAAACACACGGCCAAGGUAACAAAGGAGUGGCUCAAGAAGAAGCACAUUAAGGUCCUGGAGUGGCCUAGCCAGUCUCCAGACCUUAAUCCCAUAGAAAAUCUGUGGAGGGAGCUGAAGGUUCGAGUUGCCAAAAGUCAGGCUCGAAACCUUAAUGACUUGGAGAAGAUCUGCAAAGAGGAGUGGGACAAAAUCCUUCCUGAGAUGUGUGCAAACCUGGUGGCCAACUACAAGAAACGUCUGACCUCUGUGAUAGCCAACAAGGGUUUUGCCCUUGUACUAAGUCAUGUUUUGCAGAGGGGUCAAAUACUUAUUUCCCUUAUUAAAAUGCAAAUCAAUUUAUAACAUUUUUGACAUGUGUUUUUCUGGAUUUUUUUGUUGUUAUUCUGUCUCUCACUGUUCAAAUAAACCUACCAUUAAAAUUAUAGAUUGAUCAUUUCUUUGUCAGUGGGCAAACGUACAAAAUCAGCAGGGGAUCAAAUACAUUUUUCCCUCACUGUACAAUUCACAUUUUGGUCCACCAAAAUCUACCAUCCACUCAGAUUUUCUACCAGCCAAAAUGUUUUUUCCCCCCACAAAAAUUACACACAAAAAACAGAUGAGCAGGCUUUGUAAUGUUUCUAAAACAAUAAAUGUAUUACUAGUAGUAAUGUGUUAUGUUGUUUAAUUUCAUUUUUUGUGACCUGUUGCAGUGCUAGGUGGAAUAGGCUAUAUAGGAUUCGUAGUUCUUUGACUUUGUGCGAUUAAUUUACCAGCUAUGAAAUAAAACAGCAGAAAUACUUUGAAAACAGCUACUGCAUUAUUUAUUUUACUGUAAAUGUGAUCAUACUUUACUAUUUUGAUUCACAAAUGCGAGUGAAAUGUUCGCACUGUGGAGCCCUAACCACCCGCCAACGUUGCUGGUGAAAUAGACAUCCAAUGCCAAAAACUACCUGCAUUUGGCAGGUGUCGGGUGUUAAUUUUAGGCCCUGGUUCCAAUGUUUCCAAAACCGUACUGCUAUCAAUGAUCAAUUGUUUUUAGAUUGAGUGUUUUACACGUGACCAAAUCACCUCCGCUAAUCAAAAGGGACGUGGAAUGAAUCCAAUGUAGCAUUGGAUUCAAAAGGGCAACAUCCUCCUGAGAUGUAAACUAUGUUCAAACAUCCACGGGUAUGGCCCUGUGUGUAGAACCAACACGCCAGCCAGGCUUGUUAUAUUGACAUGUCAAUAUUUAGUAUAGAGAAAUCAAAUGGUAGGUAUAAGCUACAGUGCAUUCGGAAAGUAUUCAGACCCCUUUACUUUUUCAACAUUUUGUUACAUUACAGCCUUAUUCUAAAAUGUAUUAAAAAAUAAAUAAUCUUCAAUCUACCCACAUACUCCAUAAUGACAAAGCAAAAACACGUUUUUAUACAUUUUUGCACAUUUAUAAAAAACAAAAAACAGAUCCCUUUUAUAUAAGUAUUCAGACCCUUUGCUAUGAGACUCGGAAUUGAACUCCGGUGCAUCCUGUUUCCAUUGAUCAUCCUUGAUGUUUUUACAACUUGAUUGGAGUCCACCUGUGGUAAAUUCAAUUGAUUGGACAUGAUUUGGAAAGGCACGCACCUGUCUAUAUAAGGUCCCACAGUUGACAGUGCAUGUCAGAGCAAAAACCAAGCCAUGAGGUCGAAGGAAUUGUCCGUAGAGCUCCGAGACAGGAUUGUGUCGAGGCACAGAUCUGGGGAAGGGUACCAAAAAAUAUCUGCAGCAUUGAAGGUCCCCAAGAACACAGUGGCCUCCAUCAUUCUUAAAUGGAAGAAGUUUGGAACCACCAAGACUCUUCCUAGAGCCGGCCAAACUGAGCUAUCGGGGGAGAAGGGCCUUGGUCAGGGAGGUGACCAAGAACCUGAUGGUCACUCUGACAGAGCUCUAGAGUUCCUCUGUGGAGAUGGGAGAACCUUCCAGAAGGACAACCAUCUCUGCAGGACUCCACCAACCAGGCCUUUUAUGGUAGAGUAGCCAGACGGAAGCCACUCCUCAGUAAAAGGCACAUGACAGCCCGUUUGGAGUUUGCCAAAAGGCACCUAAAGGACUCUCAGACCAUGAGAAACAAUAUUCUCUGGUCUGAUGAAACCAAGGUUGAACUCUUUGGCCUGAAUGCUAUGCGUCACGUCUGGAGGACACCUGGCACCAUCCCUAUGAUGAAACGUGGUGGCAGCAUCAUGCUGUGGGAAUGUUUUUCAGCGGCAGGGACUGGGAGACUAAUCGGGAUCGAGGGAAAGAUGAACAGAGCAAAGUACAGAGAGAUCCUUGAUAAAAACCUGCUCCAGAGUACUCAGGACCUCAGACUGGGGGCGAAGGUUCACCUUCCAACAGGACAACGACCCUAAGCACACAGCCAAGCCAACAUAGGAGUAGCUUCGGGACAAGUCUCUGAAUGUCCUUGAGUGGCCCAGCCAGGACUUGAACCCGAUCGAACAUCUCUGGAGAGACCAGAAAAUAGCUUUGCAGCGACGCUCCCCAUCUAACCUGACAGAGCUUGAGAGGCUCUGCAGAGAAGAAUUGGAGCGUCAUACCCAAGAAGACACAAGGCUGUAAUUGCUCCCAAAGGUGCUUCAACAAAGUACUGAGUAAAGGGUCUUUAUAGUUAUGUAAAUGUGAUAUUUCAGUUUGUAAUUUUUAAUACAUUUGCUAACAUUUCUAAAAACCAGUUUUUGCUUUGUCAUUAUUGGGGUAUGGUGUGUGGAUUGAGGAAAACAUAAAAUAAAUGUAAUCCAGAAUAAGGCUGUAACGUAACAAAAUGUGGAAAAAGUCAAGGGGUCUGAAUACUUUCCGAAUGCACUGUACAUGAUGUGGUAUCUACAUGAAUCAUGACAAAGCUUACACCACUAACCCUUGUGUGCGUGUGUAGGAACACCAGUAAGAAGUACAGCAUCAUGGCCUUUAACUCUGGGGACAAAGUCAACUGCUCCUCCUGGACCCAGGUAUGUAGGCCAACUCUCUGGGAAACUCGCCUCUCAUUACAACUCUCCUCAGUAGGCUUCUAGAACACUCACUGAUUCGCUAUCCCUCUCUGUUUCUCUCCCUCCCUGUCUCUCUCUCUCUCCCGGCCUCUCUCUCUCUCCCGGCCUCUCUCUCCCUCCCUCCCUGUCUCUCUCUCCCUCUGUCUCUCUCUCCCUGUCUCUCUCUCCCUGUCUCUCUCUCUCUCCCUGUCUCUCUCUCUCUCUCCCUGUCUCUCCCUGUCUCUCUCUCUCCCUGUCUCUCCCUGUCUCUCUCUCUCCCUGUCUCUCUCUCUCCCUGCCUCUCUCUCCCUCCCGGUCUCUCUCUCUCUCUUCCCUUCCUGUCUCUCUCUCGCUCUCCCUCCCUCCCCCCAGGCUCGUAUGGAGCGGGACAUGAGUAACAGGAGGAUGUAUGGUGUGGAGGAGACGGAGGAGGGGGCGGCAGGCAGUGAGUUUGGGAAGAAGCAGAGGGAGGAGGCGCGCAGGAAGAAGUUUGGCAUCGUCACCAGGGAGUUCAAGGUGGAGGACCAACCCUGGAUCCUCAAGGUCAACGGCAAGGCAGGGAAGAGGUGAGGCAGACACCCAACCAUACAUACACACACAAACAGCAAAGCAGGGAGGCUACACACAGGCUUUGAGCUUACUUUUACUUAGCUCUGGUUCUCUCACAAAUACUUACCAAGACAUCCUCUGUCUUUCUGUCUAUCCAAGGGCCAGGAGGAUCUCCCAUAUUGCCUGCACUAUCCUUUUAUAUCAACUUGAAGCCCCCUUUCUCUCUCUCUGUUUCUCUCUCUAUUUGUCUCAGGUUCAAGGGUACGAAGAAGGGGGGCGUGACGGAGAACGCGUCCUACUACAUCUUUACCCAGUGUCCCGACGGGGCCUUCGAGGCCUUCCCCGUCAAUGGCUGGUACAACUUCGUCCCCCAGGCCAAACACCGCACGCUGACCGCCGAGGAGGCCGAGGAGGAGUGGGGCAGGUGAGGGGAGGGGAGACAGGUGAGGGGUGGGGGAGACAGGAGAAGGGAAGAUACUGAGGGGAAGAAUAAAGAUUGGGGGUGCAACUUCACCCCUCAGGUAAAAACACUAGGGGGUAGGGGCGGGGGGACUGGGGAAAGUAGUGGGUUGGAGAGUAGAGAGAAAAUGUGAUGGUGCAACUUCACCCCUCAGGUAAAAACACUAGGCGGUAGGGGCAGGGGGACUGUCGAACAUAGUGGGGUAUUUAGUUUAGUUGAUUAAUUCUACAAUUUAAAAAAACAAGAACACAUAACACUUGAAAAAGCCAUACAUGCACCAGAGUAAAAUCAUUGAGGAUAACACACAAUAAAGUCUGGGACUUAUUUCCAUUGUGUUCCUCUUGAAACAAGAUGGCUAGGCAAGAUCGAACACGGUUGAACACAGUAUGACAGCGAGAUAAUAAAACAAUAAACAAAGAACAAGAACAUGUGAUGAAAAUGUGAUGGUGCAACUUCACCCCUCAGGUAAAAACACUAGGGGGUAGGGGCAGGGGGACUGGGGAAUGUAGUGAGGUAGGAGAGUACAGAGAAAAUGUGAUGGUGACACUCUCAAACACACAAUUCCCCCCCCCCCCCCCCCCCCUCAGGAGGAACAAGGUGGUGAACCACUUCAGCAUCAUGCUCCAGAGGCGCCUGCGGGAGCAGGAGAGAGGGCCGGACGAUGAUGACGAGGAGGGCGAGAAGGGGGGGAAGAAGAAAAAGAAGAAGGGAGGAAGAGGAGGGGACCUGCGCAUCCAUGACCUGGAGGACGACCUGGAGUUGAGCAGUGAUGAGAGCGACAGCAGCGGAGGAGAAGGUAAUGAGCGAGGGACGAAGGAGAGGAGAGAGGAGACCUAAGAAGUGACAAGAGCAACAGUGGUGUGUUAGAAGGUUUGGGCUUUUCUUCAAUUAAUCUUCCCUCGAUUCUUUGCAUCCUCUUGUCUCCUUCUCAAAACUCAUUGGAGACUAAGUUCUUUGGGGAGGAACUUGGACCUUCUCCAAUACAGUUGAGGAGGAGGCAAGGAGAUGGGACGUGAGGAGUCACAGAAAGAUAAAUUGAGAUGGAGCCAAGGAUGGAGUAGAGGAAAGCGACAGCAGCUUCUGUGGAGAUAAGGAUGGAGGGAGGAUAGAAGGAUGGAGGGAGGAGAGAAGGAUGGAGGUAGGAUAGAAGGAUGGAGGGAGGAGAGAAGGAUGGAGGGAGGAGAGCCCAGUAAUGAGGAGAAUGAGUAGAAAGAGAGGCAUGGGAGUCAUUCAACCUCAAAAAGCACAAGAAAGAGGAUUUCGAACCCAACAUCUCAGAUUGUUCUGAAAACGGUUUCUGCGGUUAGAAACAGAUAAGAUUAGCGUUUCUUUAACAUUAUUUUUCUGAAAGAUAAUUAGAACUCUGAAUUGAAAGUUAGUUGAUUACACCUAAAUUGGCAAUUUCAAUUGAUUGGAUUCAUGUAAUAUUCAAUUAAUAUAGUUCCCAACAUCCGAUAUGGACCAAACCGCCUCUUAACAAUGGUCAAAAGCCACCCACAGACCCCUUUAGUUGUCUGGACUUCACAGAGAUACACAAAGAAAAAAUUGAACACAGAUGCAAUGUAGUUUAUUUGUAAAAAAUAAUUUGGGUAAACAACAUGUAGGCUACAGUAAAGUGUUUUUGAUAUAUUAUGAUAUCAAUAAACAGGAAAAAGGCAACUGAUAUCGACAAGGAUUAUCCAUGUCGGUGCUCAUCACUAGUAUACAAUGUGUAUGAACCACAUGCCUGUUAGCCGAAGACUCAUCUCAAUGUCUAACAAAUAAUGGACAGUACAUUUUAGAUAUUCAACUGUUAAAUUGUUAAAGGUGCAUCUCUUUCCGUUUCCUUUCUUUUCUCACCCCCUCUUCUUCCUUUAUUUUCUCACCUUCCCUUCUUCUUUUCCUCUCAGAUGGAGACAGCAAGCCCAAGAAGAAAGAGGGGGAUGCGAAGGGGAAGAAGAAGAAGAAGAAGAAGAAGAGGGGUAGUGACAGCGAGGCUAAUGAGGACAGUGACGAUGGAGACUUUGAGGGCCUGGAGGUCGACUACAUGUCAGAUGAGAGCAGGUGAGACACACACACACAUACACACACACACACACAGAUACACACACAUACACCAGAGCUUCUAUUGCAGCUGUAGGGUCACACACACCACAGCUGACACUUGUAGAGACAUACACAAAAACACUUCCUGCAACCUCUAAUUUAUUUGUUUCUCUCCUUCAUCCCUUCCUCGCUCUCUUGCUCCUUACUCCCUUGUUCCUGCAGUUCAGAGGAAGAGGCCGGCGAAGAGAAGGCCAAGUCCAAUAAAGAGGCCGUUCCCAAAGGUCAGAGGGCACCCCCAUGGCAACAAUACAACGUGUGCAUGUGUGUGAAUUCUAAGAACUCUAACUCUGUUCACAGGAAUCGACGAGGCAUCGGAGAGUGAGGAAGAGAGCGAGGAGGAGAAACAGAACGAGGAAGAGGGGAAAGAGGAGGAGGAGGAAGAGGAAGGGAAGAAGACCCCGGUCCAGACAAAGAAGAAGAGAGGUAGCAGUUCAUUCUUCUUCUUUAGAAUCUUUAUUGAAUCUUUACUGAUCACGUUUCACAGGGAAGUGGCAAGACUUGAACCCAUGGAAAUAUACUGUGUUUUUGUUGAAGGCUAUUUUGUGAUAACAAUGUUGUGUGUGUGUUUCAGACAGCAGCGGUGAGUCGGACACUUCAGAGGACAGCGACAUCGAUGGAGAGGCAGCCUCAGCUCUCUUCAUGGUGGUGAGUGUGUGUGUGUGUGUGUGUGUGUGUGUAUGAGAGAAAGUAAGUGUGUGUUACAGUUUGUGUGUGGUCCCUUUUGUAGUGCCACUGUUCAAUGUCGACCCCACUCUCUCUCUCUUUCUCGCAGAGAUGGAGUCUUGAUCUCGUGUUCUUGAUCUGGGUCAUGGUGCCCAAGAUCUUGGUCUGGGUCUUUUCUAAAACCCUGGGUAUGGUAGUUGAUUAACCUGAUGCCAUAUUUUGUCGUUUUUAUGUGACACAAAAGGGGUGACACAACACACAAUUUCCAGGGUAUCUUGCUUCUCUAGUGUGGCAGCAGUGUGGGCACAAAAAUAUGCCUUUUUAACACUUUGAUGUGGUUGGUGUUGGUCUGGCUCUCGUUCUUGGAUUUCCAGAUUUCAACUGGUCUUGGUGUGGCAAUGGUCUCUAAACACUGGGUCUUUCUUGGUCUGGAUCUUGAGAGUGGACUUUGCUCUUGACUUCCGCUCUUGACAUUUCUGUUUUCCCGCCAUUCCCAAUUUCCUCGCUCUCUUGCUCCCCCGCCCCCCCCUCAGAAGAAGCGUACUCCUCCUAAGCGUGGUGGUGGGCGUGGCUCUGGAGGCAGCUCCAGGACUGGCAGUCGCCCCGGAACACCGUCCAUAGACUCUGCCUCCACCUCCAACACACUCCGAGCCGCUGCUAGCAAACUGGAGCAAGGUACACACGCACGCACGCACUCACACACAUUUUCACAGAUCGGAAAUAGAUAUUUAUAUUUGUAAUAUUUGCAUGCACAUUAACAUAUUCACAGGAUAUGAAAGUCUUAUUUUGUUUGUCUUACCUUAAGGCUAUGUGUGACCUCAGCACUGUAUGCUAACUCUUCUUGAUUGAACAAUAAAGUGUUGUUAAAACUGUCUCUAACAUCCUGCGCUCUGCCUCCCCCUCCCCCCUCCCUCCCUCCUCACAGGUAAGAGACAGGUGGUGGGUGGUAGCUCUGAGUCUCCAGCUGCCAAGAGGCUGAAGAUGGAGUCCAGCAGCACGGCUAUCACCACCCAGAGUCCUGCCCCCUCAGGGAAGAGCACUCCACAGCCCCCCUCAGGCAAAUCAACUCCCAGCUCCAGGUAUAUUCCUCCUCUUCAAUCUCUCCUGUUGGUUCUCUUUUCUCACCCUUACCCUCUCUCUAGCUCUCACACACACACUCGUUCUCUCUUUCUCUUCUUCCUCUUUUCUCUGUCCCCUACUCUCCUCUCCUCUCCCACACAUACUCUUUCUUUCUUCCUCUUAUAUUCUCUCCCCUCCUCUCUUAUCUUCUCAUGUUCCCACUCUAUCACCCUCUCUUUCUCUCCCCUACUCUUCUUGCCUCAUUCCCUUCCCCCUCCCACCACCUACCCUCCCCCUGCUUUGUUCUCCCCCUCUCCAUCCUCCCUCCCUCUCCACAGUGACGUUCAGCUGACAGAGGAGGCGGUGCGCCGCUACCUGAUUCGGAAGCCCAUGACCACCAAGGACCUGCUGAAGAAGUUCCAGACCAAGAGGACGGGCCUGAGCAGCGAGCAGACAGUCAACGUCCUGGCCCAGAUCCUCAAACGCCUCAACCCUGAGAGGAAGAACGUCAACGACAAGAUGCACUUCUAUCUCACCGAG